GCACGUUUCACUUGAUAUCCUCUCCCGCAGCCCGCAAGAAUGUCGAGCUAGUCCUCCUCCACACAAAUACAAUUAGACACAGUAUCAACAAUUCUCCUUCGCGCUGUAUGCUUGCUUCUUGAUCACAGUGAAGUCUCGACUCACUAUUGACUGCCUAAAUAUAUACACCGUUGUGUCAUCUUACUUCUCCCUCUAAAAAUCCACCUAAGUGCCGCAUUCAGAUUUCAGCAGCAUGGACUCCGAGGGGGCAGCUCCGAGUUUCUGCAUCGGACAACAUGAAAGCAAACGGGCUUUGCCAAUCACUUCACAGGCUGUGCAACUAGCUCAUGAGAGUAAUUAUGAUAUGCUCACGACUCCGAUUACGACUUCCCACUUCCAUUCGCGUGUACUUGGCCUUCUUUCGUCGCAUUUCUCCAAUAUCCAAGCGGUGUCGCGUGAUGUUUCUGGGACCCUGGCGACGACGGAAAAUACACGGGCUCUUACCAUCCCCCAGCUGUCCCCAUCGGAUACGCACCUGACGCCAAACGAUGCAAUGUCGCAGCUGGUGGGAGUCACGAGCUCCUGGAUUGACCUGUGCUCCCCAGAUCCGUUGAUUGCGGAUAUCUCUCGUCAGGUUCUCAUGCUGGAAGUCGCAUAUGCUGCUUUUUGUGGUAUUGGGUAUCUCCUAAUCCCGGGGCCUAAGUUACACCACAAGGACCUACAUUCGGAGGGAUUGGCCUACUAUGCAAGGGCCGUUCAAGAUGCGAUCAACCUUGGUCCCUAUAUCCAAUUUCAUAUCUGGUUGGGGAUGGUCGACAAUCCAGACCUCGAAGUAGACGAAAUGGGCGACCUCGCGCCUCUUGCUCGUGAAGAGUUUCUUGGUAGGGGUGACAGGCAGUCGCUGCAGGUAGAUCUUUUUGGAACGUGGGAUGCCUGGGAUCUGAUUAGGAGGACUUGUAGAUAUCAUUCCAGGCUUUUCGUAGCACUCGUAUUUCCGAAGCAGCUACCCCCCAUGUCGGUUCAAUCUAGAUGGCAUUCGGAACCUGUGCAUCUUCUCACUAUUGAUUCGUCUUCAUUCAUCAAAAACCAGAAGGGAUACCCAGUGCUAUCUAAAGGACAUCAAGCUUUAAUCGCAAAGUUCAUGCGCCUGAGGACCGUGCCGUGGAUCCUACUUUGCGACGUUGGCCCUAUCCCAGGCAUUGAGGCAGAGGGCAACCUAGCAAACCCGACGAACCUUCCUAGUUCUGAAUACCCGAGUCUUGCGCAGGUCGCGGGCUCAAACAAAAAGCAACACGACCCGACCCCUCACCUAUCCUAUAUGAGAAAUCUCCAGCAGCGUCAACCUCCUCGGACUGCCAUCGAACGAUUUGGUGUCGGAUACCAAGAUUAUUUGCAGGCUCCGUUGCAGCCAUUGACGGUCAACUUGGAGAGUAUCACAUAUGAAGUGUUUGAGAAAGAUCCCAUCAAAUACGAAUGGUACGAGAAAGCGAUUGCCAAGGCUCUGAGCGAUUGGUCUGAGCAAAAGAAGCCGACGUCGAAUCCUGAUGGUCGCGUUGUUGUUGCGGUGGUUGGUGCCGGUAGAGGGCCGCUCGUAACUCGAGCACUAAAAGCAAGUGCCGACGCGGGUGUCGAGAUUGACUUAUGGGUGGUAGAGAAGAACCCUAAUGCAUUUGUUCUCCUACAGCGCCAUAACGAGAAUCUCUGGGGGGGGAAGUGCACACUUGUCCACUCUGAUAUGCGGAGCUGGAAGGGUCCCCGUUUGAGCGGGAAGAGCGCCUCUUCGAGCGCGCCUGUCGGACAGUCCCUUGGGAUUGAAAACCAGCUGCUCUAUCCAUCAGAUUCGAUCCAGCAGACCGAUCCCGUUACCACAGCGUAUAUGCCCGAGCCUAUAUAUACUAAGAUUGACAUUGUGGUGUCGGAGCUCCUCGGCUCGUUCGGGGACAACGAGCUAUCACCGGAAUGUCUGGACGGUAUCAACCACCUUCUCAAUCCUGUGCACGGUAUAUCCAUUCCUGCCUCAUACACUGCACAUCUCACACCGAUCUCCGCACCCAAGCUCCACGCGGACAUCGCCAACCAAACCGUCUCCAACCCGGCGGCACCCGAAACGCCGUACGUGGUCAUGCUGCACGCGAUCGAUUUCCUCUCUACGACUAACAGUAACACCUAUGCGAACAAUGCUCGAUCCUCGAUUUCGACGCUCCCCACGGACAACUCGACGCCCUUGGUACAAACCGCGUGGGCCUUUGCACAUCCGAACGGAAACAUCCCGCCACCGUCGCCGUCGACAUCAACGAUCUCGAAUGGACAUAAUGUGCGGCGAACGCGGCUCACGUUUCCUAUUCAGAACCGCGGCGUGUGCCAUGGCCUUGCGGGCUAUUUUGAAACGGUGUUGUAUCGCGAUGUGGAGCUGUCGACGAACCCAGUGACGAUGGAGAGCAAAAGCGCCAACAUGAUUAGUUGGUUUCCAAUAUAUUUUCCAUUAAAGACUCCUCUUAAUGUUCCAGAUAACGGUGAAAUCGUGGUGACAAUGUACCGGCAAACCGACGAUCGCAAGGUUUGGUAUGAGUGGAUGGUGGAAGUGCUGGCCGUGGAAGGCAACGCAGGAGAGACCCCCGAGCCGGAGCGCAUUGCGCCCAUGAUGAGCGGGGCUGGAGCUAUUCCACCAGGCGCUGAUAGCGCUAAGAAUCAGGACCAUCACGCUACGGGGAGUAGUAGACUGGGGUCGGGGUCGCGAAUCCGGCGCGUACGGGUGGGGAUGAGUGAUCUACAUUCCAGCAUCAAGGAUGGAUGUCUGAUGUAACGAAUUCUACUCUGUACGGAGUAUCUACUCUACGGAGUACAGGGAGAGAGAGGAUAUGAUAUGAUAUGAUAUGAUAUCUGGAGGUUUCGCCAGGACGAAUGUCCUCCGGGAAGUGGUAAUUCCAAUCGGAACGCAAUCCGCUGAGAACAAGGGAAACUACUGAAUUUGAGUCUGUCUGUGAUUCUUUAUAACCUGCCUCAAGUCCCACUGGUAUCUUCUCGCAACGUGUUAAAAAGCUCGUCUGUGGUUGGUGAUGACAAGGAAGGGAAGUUGGUGGGAUUGGAUCAGGACAGCUUAUCAGAUUGAAGUUAUUCUACCUUGUGUAGUAUCUAUCUAUCUAUAUUUGAGACAGGAGAUGAAGAUCUUGAAAUGCAGAAUAUUCAG